GGCGAGCAGUCCGGGCUCUCGGUACACGCGUUUCCAACUCCGGUUGGUGUGUGUCGAAGAAUCCUGACUGCGACCCGAGGACAGCGACCGAGCCGAGAAGGUCCACCCAGCCUUGCCGAGGUCCGCUGCGGGGCUGCGGUCCGGAACCCCUCCGGACCGCGGUCACCAGUGGACCGUCGCCCGGCCAGGUGCGCAACCCCGUCGCCCUUCCUGUCUUCGCAGAGGAGUCCUCGCGUGGUGAGUAUGCGGAACAGGCGAGUUUUGAGAACCAAGAAAAAACGCCGACCACGACCAGCCCAGAAUCCUGGGCACCCUCCCACCAUGGCUGCUGCCGGUGGGUCCAACUGCCCUCCUCCUCCCCCCAACAACAACAACAACAACAACAAGCCCAACAACAACCAGGACCGCAGGCACCCUCCCAGGACCAACAGACACCCAGACUGCCGUACUCGCCGCAGUACCAACGCAGAAGGGCAGCACGUUUAUCAGGAACGCAUCCCUGGAGGCACUGAUGAUGAAAACGAGCCCCAGGGCGCUACAGCAGCCGAAGAGGAGGAUCCAGUCUUUUUCUUUGAUGAAGAGUCCCUGAAAUACCUUCCUGAGAAGUUUGAUGGCAACUCAGACACAGUGAACCAGUUCAUUUCCCAGUGUGAGGUCUUCAUGGAGAAGAGCACCAGAGAUUUCUCAGUUGAUCGUAUCCGUGUAUGCUUCGUGACGAGCAUGCUGAUUGGCCGAGCUGCCCGCUGGGCUACUGCUAAGCUGGAACAGUGCGCUUACCUGAUGCACAACUACCGUGCCUUUAUGAUGGAGUUGAAGCAUGUCUUUGAAGACCCUCAGAGACGUGAAGCUGCCAAACGCAAAAUCAGACGUCUGCGCCAGGGCACAGGAACUGUUGCUGAAUACGCUGGCAUAUUCCAGACGAUUGCCCAGGAUCUGGAUUGGACCGAGACUGCCCUGAUUGAUCAGUUCCUUGAAGGCCUCGGUUCUCAGGUGCGCCAUGAGCUGUCCCGCCGUGCAGAGCUCCCCACUUCCAUCUCUGAACUCAUCCGACUUUGCGUUCACAUCGAGAGAAGGCUGGCCCGUGCUGCCGCCGCCGCUGCUAGCAGGCCCCCCCGUGCUGAUCCACCCCGCGCCCUGGUGGCGCCCCAGAGCCACCAGCAGACCGAUCCCACUGAGCCCGUCGGAGGUGCCCGCAUGCGCCUCAGCCAGGAGGAGAAGGAGAGACGCCGCAAACUGAACCUGUGCCUGUACUGUGGCAACGGAGGCCACUACGCCGACAACUGCCCCGCGAAGGCCUCCAAGAAUUCACUCGGGAAACUCCCCGGCCCCGCUGUAGAGGGACCUUCAGCGACUGGGCCAGACGGAACAAGGUCCCCACCCCCCGAGGCUCCGACUCCGCAUCUGCAGGUGAUGCUCCAGAUCCAUGUCCCGGGCCGACACACCCUGUUCGUCCGAGCUAUGAUUGAUUCUGGCGCCUCCGGCAACUUCAUCGAUCAGGACUACGUCAUCCAAAAUGGAAUUCCUCUAAGAAUCAAGGAAUGGCCAAUCAUGGUGGAAGCGAUUGAUGGGCAUCCUAUAGCCUCGGGCCCAAUUGUUCUGGAAACGCACCACCUGAUUGUUGACCUGGGUGACCACCGAGAAGUGCUGUCUUUUGAUGUGACCCAGUCUCCGUUCUUUCCUAUUGUCCUGGGAGUUCGCUGGCUGAGCACACACGACCCUCACAUCACCUGGAGCACUCGCUCCAUCGAGUUCAACUCUGAUUACUGCCGAUUCCGAUGCCGCGUGUAUUCCCAGAUACCUCCUGCUAUGCUGGUACCAGUACCACAGCCACCACAGCCACCAUUCUUCUACCACAUGGAUGGCUACAGAGUUUUCCCUCCUGCGAGGUAUUACUACGUUCAGAAUGUAUACACGCCCGUGGAUGAGCAUGUCUACCCGGGUCACCGGCUGGUUGACCCUCACAUUGAAAUGAUCCCUGGAGCGCACAGCAUUCCCAGUGGACAUGUGUACUCAUUGUCCGAAACUGAGAUGGCUGCCCUGCGAGAAUUCGUGGACAGGAACGUGAAGAAUGGACUCAUGACUCCCACCGUUGCUCCCAAUGGAGCCCAGGUCCUGCAAGUGAAGAGAGGAUGGAAACUCCAAGUCACUUACAACUGCAGGGCCCCACACAACUGCACAGUCCAGAAUCAGUACCCUCGCAUGUCUCUUCCAAACAUGGAAGACCAGGCGCACCUGGCAACCUACGGUGAAUUUGUUCCUCACGUCCAUGGAUACCACCACCACCACCACCAUCACCAUCACUUCCCUGGCUAUGCUACCUUCGCAGGUCAUCACGUGAUGUUUGCGUGGUACCCAGUGGGACGAGAUGCACAUGGAAGAAUGAUCCUCACACCAGUUGUGCUCACCUGGUGUCCACAUGGGUACCACCAUCAGCCUGUUCCGAUACCCCAGUACCCUCCUCCACAGCCACCACCUCCGCCGCCGCCGCCACCGCCACCUCCACCUCCACCACCUCCGUCCUACAGUACCAUGUAAAUAACUGUCUCUGCCCUCAACUUUUUCCUGUGUAGCUUCUCAAUCCGUGACUGUGUGCUACUGAAUCUUCAGGCCACCUCAGGCACAAAGGCACGCCGGGCUAAAGUCAGUUUUCCAUCUUGACUGCCAAUUAGUAAGUUGACAAGGCCUGGGUUUUACCUGUUAAAACCUCGCCAUCUCAACCGCAGGCUGCCAAAAUUUCCUUACAGAGAAGCUGAUGCAAACACAGGACAUGCUGAUUUCUUACAAAGGGGGAGAAGAGGAGGAGGA